AUGGGACAAGGACAGAGUUUUGCUGGAAAUUUCACGCCUUCGACAAUGCGGCCACCAGGACCUGGUUCGUUUUCAGGUGCUCCGUUGAAUGCCACUCAAAUGAUGGAGCAAUUGAAUACCACUCCACCUGCUGGAGAACAGCCGUCUGUCAAGAGCGCCUUCGAAUUGUUAGGUCGAAACGCUGUGACAGCACCUCCAGUGCAACAAGACUCAAACGAAGUUAUGCUUCGGGCCUUGACUGCUGCCCUAUCCGGAGACAAGAAGAGUUUGCCUCAGUGGAACGGCAACAUUGAGAGCCUGAGGCCGUGGUUGAGGAGCUUGUUAUUGUGGGAGUUGGACAACCACCUCCCAAAGCAACGUUGGGGUUUGAAACUACUUCAAUCCUUUCCUGAAGGGAGCGUGCCUCGCAAGGUGGCAGAAGCUCUUGAUCUGAGCGCGCUGUCUUCGGAACAUGGAUACAGUGCAAUCUUGUCUGCAAUAUUGACCAAGUAUGGUCCCUACUUGGAGGCCGCUGGACCCGCCGCCGUGGAGAAUUUCUUCUACGGUAGCGAAAGGAGUAGAUCGGAAAGUCUAGCCACCUACAUUGCAGCCAAGGAGAUUGCCCUCGCUGAGUUGGAAAGUCAAGUUGGUGAGAAGGUACCUCCAUGGAUUGCUGGAAGAAUGCUCCUACGUCACGCCAAUUUGAGCGAGACCCAAAAGGAAGCCCUGGCAAUCAAAUACAAUUCACUUCUGCCGUUUGAACAAAUGGCCGCUGCUCUACGACCUUUGGAUCGGCCGGAGGCCUUAGUGCAUCGGGUGGCCAAGACCUUUUUGGCCGCCGAUGAAGACUGGGAAGAAGGCCCGGAAAGUGACGGAGAAGGUGGAAUGAACUGCUUGCUGUUCGACACCCACCAAGAGUACACAGAAGAAGAGGCCAACUACAUCUGGGCUUACAAUAGUGCUUGCAAGGACAUCCGGAAGGAGUUGCAAGCCAGGAGAAAAGGUCGACAGUUUUACAAACCCAAAGGCCGCUCUGUAGCCAAGGGUUCUGGCAAGAAGGGCAAGCGCAAAAGUCGCAAGGGAAAAACUUCAGCUGGAAACCGUGGUACUCCAGAAGACUUGAUGGCUCGAACAAAAGGCUUCUCUUGUGGCGAGCUGGGACACAUGAGCAAGGAGUGUCCUCAGAAGAGCCGGACUUCAUUCUUCGUGUGUCGUGGAACACAGUUGGAGCAGUCACGGACAUAUGUCGUUGCAACGCUGCCGCAGAAGGUUGGAGUCGAGCCACAAGUUGGACCUGCUACAUUGUGCAUUGAGCAGUCUGGCAAAUUUCCAGCUGGUUCGGGGCACACUCGCAGACAUGAUGCCGGUGAUGCCGGGCAGCUUCUUGAUCCAGCCGGAAAUGAUGCCGAGGUGAACUCUGUGUUGGUGAAUGUAUCCUCUGAGGUGCAAAAGUGUGCACAAAUCUUUGCUGGGGUUAAGACUGAAGGGACAGAAGCCAUUGUGGACACUGCUGCGGAGGAAGGAGUCAUUGGUAGCAACGCCAUGCGAAGACUUCGAGAAGCGCUUUCCCGCUUCAAGCUGCAGCCGGUGGAGGCAUCUGGCUCAACAGUUUCUUGCGCGGGCAUUGGUGGAAGUGCGCGCAUUGUUGGGAUUUAUGAUGUCCCGAUCGGUGUGGCUCGCUGCAACUCACUCAUUCGAGUGACCGAAAUAGCUGAUGAAGGGAACUUUGAGACCCCUUUUUUGCUGCCCAUUUCGUACAUUGAGUUGGUUGGUGGAGUUGUUGAUACAGGUCGAAACAUCUUCGCCUUGAAGAAUGGCCGUAGGACCCCAAUGAGGCGCACCCCUUCCGGCCAUCGAGCCAUCUCUGUUGUCGAAUUUUCUGGACAGUGGAAACUCCCUCCACAGCUGGCAGAUGAACUUGGCGCAAAGGAUCGCAACCCGUUUCACAUGGACAUUGCUGGAGAGCGAAAUCGUGUUCAGCAGCGCCCAGGGGUUGCAGUGUGGGUCAAAGAAGGUCAAGUGGUCACCUUUGUAGGCACCUUGCCAGGCCGUCGUGCUACAUUGGUACAUCCUUCAGAGUGCCUCUCCCCAGCCGAGUUGCCUCACCUUUCCACCGGAAGAGUCACACAUGCUGUUUCUGAUGAUGACAUUGCCUCCAACAUCCAUGAUCUGUGGACCGGUCAGCAACGCCAAUUUCCUUUUUGGUCCGGAGAUGUCGUUUUUGAGCGUUUUGAACGUUUUUCACCUCCUGUUGACGGAGCACAGAGGAUUUGUGCUCGAACAGCCUGCCAGUGCCUCCUCGUGGCAACUGGACGAGAUGAACCAAUUGGAACCUGGAGUAUACCAGAUCCUCCUGGACAUGUGUCGCUUUGGACUACGAGCAGCAGUGGGCCAUACAAAGAUCAGUUGGUGAAGAAGCCGACCAUGCUGAUCACCAACAUUGCAGAGAUGGCCGCCCAUGUCAGCCGCCUCUGUGACAAAGGCCACGAACACGGCCAACUCAUUGGUGGAGCAGCCAGUGGGGCCGCCAUUUUCACGCCUGCCUUUGUGAAGGCGAUUCUGAGAGGAAUCAAAGAAGCUCCUGGAAUCAAGGCAGACACCAAUGGCCUACCGCUUGAGGAGGACCAAUUGAAUGAAUAUGAGCCAACGGAGGUGGGCCCCUCCGAUGAACCCAUGGCUCAAACGCCCGAACCUCCAGAGCAUGAUGCUGCGGAGGACGUAAGAAGAGAGCUAAGGCGGCUGGAAGACAAGGAUCGCCAAGGCUCUGCAGAAGGACCACUUCAGAUGCGCCACUUGCGCCAGUCGAACCAAGCCCAGUCCUGCGAGGCCCUAUGCUGGGGAACCAAUUACCAACAGGCAAGUCUGCGCCAGAACAAAUCAGCUGAUGAAGUGCUGCGGACGUUGAUGGACAUGUGGGUCAAGGUUUUCGGCCCGCCUGAGCUGUUGGUCCUGGACAGAGGAAAGGAAUUCUUCAAUGAGAAGUUCCACGCAGUGCUAGGAGACCAAGGAUGUGGCCUGCACAUUGAUGCAGAAAGUCCAUGGCAAAACAGCCGCACAGAACGUGCAGGAGGAAUCUUGAAAGAAAAGAUUUUGGCAACUGCCCACGCAGUGUCCGCAACACCGGAAGAACUCCAUCUAGCGAUUGCUGAAGCUGUGUCGGCGAGGAAUCGGUUCAUGAACAGGUUUGGCUUCUCUCCAACGCAAAGAGUUUUUGGCAAGAACCUUCGCCUUCAUGGUUCGAUGUUGACCUCCGACUCCAUGGACCAAGAACUCCCGCAAGCAUCAGUCACCAAACCAGUGCGAAGACUGUGGGAGAUUCAACACAUCGCCACCAAGGAGUGGGUUAGGAGGCAGGACCAAGAGGCCAUCCGAAGAAGCAUAAGGGCCAAGACAAGAACCUCAGAUAUGAAGAGCCUAGCACCAGGCUCAUGGGUCUAUGUCUUCAGAGACACUCCAUCCUACAAAGGCUGGACCGGCCGAGGUGUUCUCAUUGCAGAAGAUCUCAACAACCGCUCCUGUUGGGUCUCGAUGAGAGGACGAUUGUGGAAAGCCAGCCGAGAACAAAUCAGGCUUGCACACCCUGAAGAAGAGUUGGGAGCCGAGCUAGUGGUGGAACUUUCCAAAGAAAUGUUGAACAAAGUCCACAAGCCGGGCCAAGUGGCGUUUCAGGACGUCGCCCAAGAAAGUUUCCCUCAAGAUGAUGACAUGCCCGGGGACGAAGUUCAAAGAAUCAUCAGGGUUACCGAACGAAGAACGGACCCUGAAGCGCCACCCGCUCGGAGCACAACCGAAAGCACAGCGCCGCCUUCGGAAAAUCUUGAAAUGGAGUCAGAAGAAGCCAACACCACCAAGCCAUCCGAACCAUCAAGCCGCCGUGUCAGUUUCCUUGAACCUCCCGAGGAAAGCAGACCUAUGGAGGCCAUCGCAGAAGGAAGCUCCACGUUCCUGGAAGUGAUCAAUUUCGAGCAAGAUGAUGAUAUGGCCGGAAUGGGAGUUGCACCAAAGUUCAUUGGAGCCGAAGCAAGCUUCUGCCCAAGGGACAAGCUCUUCUACCUGACCAAGGCCAAGUCCUCUUUUGGCCAGGCAUCGGUGAUCGAGUUCGAUGCGGACCAUUUUGCUGAAGGAGACCACGUCGCAGUGAUCGAUUGCAUGACGUUUGUCCCUGAGUACAUUCCGGUGCUGAAGGCGUUGGAGAAGCAGCGGGACAGCAAUUUGCCUUUCGAGGUGGACAGCCUUAUCGCUGAAAGCACUUUGCAACCCUUCAUCGAGAUUCGUCGCGACGAACAUUUGGCAGACAGGUGCUCUGCAGAGAUCACAACGCUUCUGCAAAAGGCCACGUUGGACCCUGGUCAAUUGCGAAGCUUUAUCGAUGGCCUCCGCAAUCCCGUGAACCAUGCAAUCGAUGAGUUCCUUGUGGACUUGGUGACAGCCGAGCCACAUUUAGGAAGGAAACCUGACAUGAUCCGGAUUGGAGGUGGUACUUCCCUGGAUCAACGCCUUUGGAAUUUCUCAGAGAGAAACUUGGGCCGGCAAGAUUGGGAGGUGGGGAAGCUUCGGCAACAUGUGCAUUGGCUCCAUGAUUUGUCCACUUCGUGCAAAGCGUUGUCGCAAAAAAGCUCCAGCUUCAGCGGCUACCAGGUCGACAUGUUCAAGGCCGCUUUUCCAUCUGAGAACGAGAAAGACGCCGAGAAGAGACGUGAGAUUCUUCUCUUGUUCCUUCGUGGAUGGCGGCCACUUCCACUUUGCAACUAUAGCUAUGGCUAUGUGUCCUGUUCCGAUUUGGCCUUUGAUCAUGAAGCGCCCCUUUGCGAUUGGAGCCGCUGCCAGCAUCCGGUCAUCCCUGGGCGUCAGGGAUGCAAGGAUCACGCUUGCGGCGUUUUGGAGUGCCCUCAAAAGAAGCUUGCAGAGCAGGCGCAGAUGUGGGGUUUUAGUUGGGGCUGGUCACCAGCUGCGCCCGUCUUGGAAGAAUCCGAUGGUGAGGAGAGGGCAGACGUUGAGGAGAAUAGGAAGUGCAUCGGCCAGAACCACAAGGGCAAACCGUGUCAGUCCAAAGCACGACCAGGGUCCCGAUACUGUGAUGUCCAUGCACCAUCAGAGCAAACCCUGGAAGAGAUGAGGGAAGCCGUCAGCAAGGACCAGGUGGCGGUGGAACCACCUCCCAAGCAGAGCUUCUAUGCAGCAGAGGACAUUGAGGACGCAGAGUUUGCAUCUGCUGGAUCUGAGGGAUCUGAGAAUCCACCCAACAUGGACGAGGACGGGAAAUACGACAAUCAAGAUGAGGUGGAGGAGGCAGAUCAUUUGCAACACCUCCGCGAGGUCUAUGAUUUUGCUGAAUGGAGCGGCGAGUCAUCCUCAGAGGAUGAGGCGAAGGAAGAGGAAAAUUUCCAAGAUCAGGCGGAAGAUGCAGCAACAAAAGAUACAAAGCAAUGGACUUGGGACAUGAGUUUCCAGGAGCGCUGGGAAGCCUGUCAGAUGUUCAUGUCCCAACAACGGGACACGCUCAGCAUCGUCAUCGGGAAAGUGAAGGACCAAUCCUGGCUCUAUCGCAAGAAGCUCCACGAUGCCGAGGUGAGAGCAUCUGCUCGAGUCUAUGAGGACAAAUCAAUCAUUGGAGGCACAAUCGUGGGAUGCAUCUCGCGCUUGGAGGCGAUCCGCAGCACUCGGCCCUUUGCAGUGGUGGUGGAGGAGGCGUCCGAGGUCUUGGAACCAUUGCUGUUCAGCUGCUUUUGCGACAGCACGGUGAAACUGGAGAUGAUAGGAGAUCAUCUACAGCUGCAACCUUCGAUCAUGCAGAAGUUUGCUUUCGAGAGGGUCAACAACGUGAACAUCUCCAUGUUUGAGCGGCUCAUCACAGCGCCAAACGACCACAAAGCGCCCAGUUCGGUCCUCUCUGUGCAACGACGUAUGAGGAAAGACGUGUGUGAUCUUACAAGGGAGUACUACGCUGAAAUCACUUCCAUUGAAGAUCACGAAACCUGCUGGACCAAGAAGAUUCCAGGGAGCAUUGCGUCCGGAAGCUUCUACAAAGGUCGUGAAGUACCUGGAGUUGCCAGCCACAUCUAUUUAUGGACGCAUUCUGGAAGUCAGGGCAAAGCAGAAGUUGGUCUUUCAAAGAUCAACCGACAGGAAGCAGAUAUGGCAGUCUGGUUGGCGUAUUACUUGGUGGAUUGUGGAGUACCAAAGCCAAGUAUUGUGAUCCUCACGCCCUAUAAGGGGCAACUCAUGUUGAUGAGGAAGCAGCUCCUGAGCGACCAAAGCCAAAGCUGGUUGUUAUCCCACAAUCCAUCGGACGCCGACCAGAUUCGCCUCUCUACUGUUGAUCGCUUUCAAGGAGACGAAGGAGAUGUCGUCAUAGCUUCUUUGGUUGUUGAUGAGCAUUCCAGAACGCCGUUCGUGAAGUUGCAAAACCGAAUGAUUGUGCUUCUCUCACGAGCACGUCUUGGGAUGUAUAUACUUGGAAACACCGGAUACUUUGAAAACUCUCGACCAGAAAAGCAUUGGCAGCGAACCUUUGAGAUCUUGCAGGAGCCGCCAGCUGUGUCUGACAGCAAGGCUGUGCCCAACGUUUGCUUCCCCAAAGCUCGCGUUGGACCUGCGCUGCCUCUUUGCUGUGGGCAGCACCCAACGAACUCCUUUGGAGCAGAGAAAGCAACGGAACUGAAGCGGGGUUUUUUGCAAAGCCAUCUGCGAGGAGAAGCUGAGUUGCGGCCAUUCCUGCAACCUCCAGUGCCAUUGGCCUGA